UGUUGAAAUGAGCUUUGCGCUCAUUGUUGAGAUGCGGCAGCUCAAAAUAGGCUGGAUUCCUUUCCACCGUUAAGCACACCAAAGAAUAGGUCACAUUAAGGGUGGAUUUGAGAAGCUGUUCUAGCGUCUUCCUCCCGUGUGAGAAAAAAAACCCGCACAUUGAGGUCGUCACGUAAUGGGACAGCCGUUCAAAGUUAGCAUGUGCAAACAGGCGCCUGAGGGGAGAUUUCAUAUGGCGCCCCGCCCCCAUUCAUCGGCAAUUCUUGACGUGAAUGAAAACAGGAAGAUGGCGGUGAUUGAUCACGCUACCACAUCGUGUCUUUGGGAAGUCACAUCUUCAAUGAAGAUCACACCCCCAGUUCUCUCCCCUCUUGAGUUCAAUCUUUGGGGGCACCUGAAAGCCAUGGUGUAUCAGGGGAAGAUACAAGUCAUCCAUCUCAAGGCUCACAAGGGAAGGAACUCGGUCCUUUGGGAAUCAGCACUUGACUUGACCUGGAUAUUUCAUCUUUCAGCUUGUGACAGGACCCCACAGCUCACCAUUGGCAGAUGAGUCCCGCUCUCUGACAAAAGGGUCCCUACGCUCAACCUCAUUUGAUGCAGUGAUGAAAUCCCCCCCCCCCCCCCCUCUCUACUCCUGCCCCCUUUACCCACUACGACACACUCUUCUCACAUACUCAUUCUCUUGUUCAGAGAAACAUUCCGUUUAGCAGCAGAGGGUGUAGAAGGAACAAGGGUCAGGACCCAUGGGUGGGCUUUUAGGAGACAUCCAAGCAUCAGAGCAGCAGAGGAGUGACGUCUUGUUUACAUAUUAGCAAACAUUUAGCAAGUCUUGUCUCUGGCAAUCACACAACAAGCUCAUCUUCUUUUUUUUUGUUGUUGCUCCUUAACACUGAAUGAUUUUCAUUUGGAGUCUGGCUGCAGCUGACAAAAGGUCAACUGCAAUAACUCAUCCAUCAUGUCAAAUAAUUGUGAAUGCAGAACAACACACACAAUUCACAAUUAUUAGCCAGCAGAUCUUUUUGCUGUAAUUGCUAUCUCUGCUAGCCUUCCACUGUUCAUUUUCGGACUUCCCACUCUAAGGCUAAACAUGCAUUUAUACACCGCAUCUUUCCAACUCCAUCUAAUGAGGUGAUGACCAACCACUUGUUAUAAUUGCUGUAUAGUCUCAAGCUUAUUAAUCAUAUGCAGAGUUAUUUAAGGAUGCAUAAAUUAAUCUUAGAUUAAAAAAGUCUAUCAAAGCCUCAAAACAAUUAAAGAGUAAGGUAAGAUUUCCCUUGGGUCGCCACUUUUAUUUUAAUAGAGUGUUCAGGUGAUUAUCAUACUUUGAUGCAACACUGUGAUUAAUGCAGACUCACUUUUAAAUGAACCGCUCUCUCUUGCACAACAAAGGUAUAGAAAAAUCCAGAUAAUGACCUUGCUGACUGUGCUCAUCUUACGGCCCAGAACACCCCCCCUUUUCUCCCCCUAUAUGUGAGAAUAUGUAGCAAUGUGAGGUUGAAUUUCAUCAUCUGAAUAAGACCUUUAAUCUAAUUGCAAGAAUUAGAUUUAAUGAAGAGAUGAGGACGAUGGCUUUAUUGGAGCUGUUCACUGAUCAAUAAAGUGAAAGGCUGUCAGGUUCUAUUUUAUUAUGUUGUCGUUCUCAUAAAUGGAUAAAUUACAAUAUAAGGUCAACAUAAAUGGCUUGUAUUUCAUCAUUUAAAUUGAUAUCUUCAAUUUAGAACUUAAAAUUACUUUUCAAUUAAUCAAAAUGUAAGAUUACAUUACGUUAACAUUUCAUUUUCAUUGUUUCAUAAAUCACAUGACCUAACUUGAUUAUAUUAAAAUUCUGAAAUAUUACAUGCGAUCAUCCAAAUAUUAAAUGUAUUAAAAAUGUGUUUAAUUCCUCAGAGUGUCAUUAUGUUUAAAAAAAAAUGCCAUAUACAGGGUGCAACUUGUUGUUAUUGAAUAUAAGUGUCGGUUUUAGUAUAUUGUCAUUAUUGCUGCACAGUUGCGACCCACUGAAGGACCCGUAGCAACGCGUCGUGUUACCUGCUUCAUCAAUAUUACACUAUUGACUGGCGUCACGCGUGGUACCAAAAUGAAAA